AAGAUGGACAGUGAUCAGCGAUCUGCCUCAGUCGUCGUGCUUACCGUGAACGAUGUCUACGAUAUGUAUCCCGACAAGCACGGACGUGGAGGAGCUGCUGAGUUUGCGACCCUUCUGGAGCGUGAACGCGCUGCUGUUCCCCCCACUUCGACACUUCUGGUCACGCUCAAUGGGGACUUCUUGUCGGGGUCUCAGAUAGGCGCCAGGUGCAAAGGAGCACACAUGGUCGAGCUGAUGAACCACCUAGGCGUCGAUUACGUGGUGUUGGGCAACCAUGAGUUCGACUUCGGUAUGUCUACACUCCACGACCGCAUGACGGAAUCCAAGUUCAAGUGGCUGGGCUCCAAUGUGCUUGACCGUGCAACGAGCAAGCCCAUUGAUGGCGUGGUGGAUUCGGAGUUGAUUGAGCUGAGCGAUGGGCUCAAGCUCGGCAUCUUUGGAGUUUGCACCCAAGACACGCCGCAGAUAUCGAACCCGGGAGAUGGAGUGCCGUUUGAAGGCAUCUACAAGUCCUCAAAGCGCUGUGUGGACAAUUUGCGUAGCGAUGGAGCCGACUUUAUCAUUGCACUGACGCGUCUGACCAUCGAGGAGGACCGACAGCUGGCUCGCCACGUCAAGUCUAUCAACGUUGUGCUCGGAGGCCACGACCACGAGCCAUUCACUUUGUUUGAAGGCAACACGCUCAUCCACAAGUCUGGUCAGAACGCCUUUUGGCUCGGAAAACUCGAGUUCCGCCUGUCCAAGUCCAAGUCAAGGCCUCAGGACCCAGUUUCUAUCUCGUCCCAGUGGAAUAUGAUCGCAAAUCAAGACGUCCCUCCUCAGUCCGAGUGCCAGGAAAUCAUGUCGAAGUGCAUGAAACUCAUCGAAGACGAGAGCGCAGAGGAAAAUAACCGCGUACUGGCUCUGUUGGGACUCCCGCUGUCGACCAAGUCAUCCACACUACGGACGGGCGAGUGUAACAUGGGGAAUUUGACUGCCGACGCUCUUCGCAGUGAGCUCGACGCUGAUGUCGGAGUUAUCAAUGGCGGGUUUAUUCGCGGGAAUAAAAUCUACGAUGCCCGUACCAGCAUCACACUGGGGAUCAUCAAAGAGGAAAUGCCGCUGAAAAUCGUUCUCGUUAGUAUCCGAGCCGAACAUCUUCGCGAGGUGCUGACCCAGCAUUUGGCCAAGCAUCCAGCGCCGUCGGGGUCAUUUCCGCAUGUGUCAGGUCUUCGACUUACUGUCGAUGUGCAGACACAACCUCCUGGUAUCGUUAGGAUGGAGGAUGAAUGGGGACAAGACGUGGAAUUGCACAACUGGCUGCUAGUAGCGACGACCCAGCUCAUCUUUAACGGAGGUGACGGCUGCACAGCGUGGCGCAAGGGGGAAAUAGUUCGAACAGCUGACGAGAUCACUACGCAUGCGGCCGACUUUUUGAUGAAGAAGCGGCUUGUUGCGUUCCCUGAGGUGGAGGGGAGAAUCAGAAGCAACUCGGACAAACGGGCCGUGGUGACCGAAAACCACUAG